AUGCCGAAACAGCAAUUCGAAGUCAUCGACUACGCUGCUCCAUUGUUCGUCGGAGCAGCAUUUGCAAUUGUCGUGUUCUUGCUCACUUUUGUCAUCAACUUUGCGUUCAUCGGAAGAACCGAUGAGGUCACUGCGUUUGAGAAGCUCGGCGCUCGCUACAACCUUCGAGUUGGUCCACAUCGCGUCUCGCUCGUCAUGUCGGCUAUGGAGAAACACGUGGACGAGGAUGGACAUGAGUACUAG